AUUUAAACUCAUUUUCAGUUAUGAGAUGAUUACGUGGCACGGUCGGAAGAUGAAUUAUCAAAAACAGUCUUUUGUGGCACUGUCAUCUCAAAUUCAUCAGACCUUUCGCAAGCCGCUUAGCAUUUCCAGAACUUCAACAUGGCAUCAAACCCUCCAUUUCAGCAGCAAAAAGUCAUAAUACAAAACAAGUAUGGCUAUAAACUAGUGGGUGUAUUACAUGAAUCUGGAACCAGAGAGAUUGUUAUCCUAUGCCAUGGGGGUCGAGCAUCCAAGGAGAACUUUAUCAUGACAAAUCUUGCUGCUGCUCUAGAGAAUGCAGGAAUCAGUUCUUUCCGCUUUGACUUUACUGGAAAUGGGGAAAGUGAAGGCUCAUUUGAGUUAGGUGGCUACUGGAGGGAAGCUGAUGAUAUACAUUCUGUAGCCCAACACUUUGAAGAAGCAAAUCGUACAGUUAUUGCAAUUGUUGGGCACAGUAAAGGAGCUAUUGCGGUGCUUCUUUAUGCUUCAAAAUAUCAUGAUAUUAAAACAAUUGUCAACCUAUCUGGUUCCCAUGAUCUGAAGGCAGGCCUUGAAUGUCGUUUAGGAAAAGAUUUUGUGGAAAGAAUCAGGAAGGAAGGUUUCAUUGAGUUGAAGGCAGAGUCAGGAGGUAUUAAUUAUCGGGUAACUGAGGAAAGUUUGAAGGAUCGAUUGAAUAUUACUAUGCUCGAAGAAUGCCUGCAUAUUGACAAAGAAUGCAGGGUCUUAACAGUUCAUGGUGGAGCAGACACCAUUGUCCCGGUUGUAGCUGCACAUGAGUUUGCUAAGAUUCUACCUAAUCACAAGUUACACAUCAUAGAGGGAGCUGAUCAUGUGUUUACUGAUCAUCAAGCUGAGUUAGCUUCAGUUGUGGUGAAUUUUAUAAAGGAAACCUUGCAACUGGACAAGCUUAAUGCUAGUAGUGGUUAGGUACCUACCUUGACAUGCAUGUUAACUUUUUGUAAUUUUUAAAAUUAUUAGCCUUUCUAAGAAUAUUGUUAGAAAAUACAAGGGGAUUAAACACCUGGGAAAUCUCCACCAAUGGGUUCAUGAGUCAACCACAUAAGUGAGUUUGAUAUUAUAUCUUUCUUAAUUAUAUACUACUCAACAUAUCAAAUUCUGUAAUGUGAAACUCUCAUUAACAUUUGCACAUCAAAAAAUAUUUUGGCAAUAGUCAAUAUUGCUGCUUUGAGUCGAUUGAAAUUUGAAAG